AUGUUGCGUUCGGUCGUUACCCCUAUUCUGCCACACUAUUCACCUUUCGUACCACCACCACAAAUGCCGAUAGUGCUUCCAAAUUCACAGCCUGGAAUAUUCGAAUAUGUUACACCAAAGCCUCAAAUCCCUCGCGAACCUGUUACGGUGGCCGAUAUCGGUGUAGCCGGGCCCUUCAAAAGUUUCGUCCUCCCCCAAUACAUCGACGGCCCCAUCCAAGGCCCUGGGACACCGCAGCUUCACGAAAUGCUGCAAAAGAUCCAAAACACCCUACAAGAACAUGGAAACCGCUUGGAAGCACUCGAAGACCUCGCCAGGGGUACACACAGAGACGUCCAAAAUCUGAAAGACGAUAUGAGGGUGGUCAAGGAGGACCUUCACGGUGUCAGAGAUGGGGUCAGGGUGGUCGAGGAGGACCUCUGGGUCAGAGAUGAGACCAGGGUCAUGGAGGACGAGAUAAUAGAUGAAAACUUGGGAAUGCUGAAAUCCCACACGGAUCUUGUGCAGAAGGACAUGGAGGCCCUUAAGGUCAGCAUGGCUGAAUGUAUCAAAGAGUCGGCUGCCACCAAGGCAGUCAUAACCAAAGUAAGAAGGUUGCUUCCUCUGUUCAUGGGUUGGUUGAUUGCAAGCCCGAUGCAGUUCCUUAACCUCCAAAUAAAUGGAAAUGCCGGGCCCCUUCAGGAAGUACCUUUUUGUAGAGGGGAUAGGCCUUGGUCAAAAUGGUAUCCAGUUGAAGUGAUGGCUGAUGGUCAGCCAGUCAAGAAGUGA